UCCUGCAGAAUCCGCCGAAAUCGCCGUCGCCCCACACAAGAUCCACCAGAGGGGAGACCGGAUCCUCUUCUACUCGCUUUCUGGUGGCCGGGAAUCCUCAUAGGGUGCGAUAUCGGUGCCCAUCUCUCGGCAUUUUAGCUGUGGUCUCUCACCUGCCUGUUUCUCGUACGAUUGAAAAGGCGCGUAUUUGAUUCGCUUUUCUUGCUUUUCCGAGGUUCCUCGUCGUUCUUGUUCUUGAUCGCAUUGGUUAUGAGUGAGUCUCUUGCUUGGUUGUCGACUUUCUGUUCGAUUUCCUAUCGUUCUGUUGUUGCUUUAAUGGAUUUGGAUGGAAGUGUUGAUAUCGUUGUGGGAAUAUCAAAUGCUAACCAAAAGCUUUCGACUAUGACCAUGAAAUAUCUAAAAUUUAUAAUACGUUGCAGCCAUUUGUUCUUCUUUGCUUUUCGGGCGAGUACUCGAUCUUUUUGAUAUUAUGGCCAUCUCUCUUGGUGCCAACUGCGUGGAAUUAUACUUCUGGGUGAUGAAGAGUCCUGAGAGAUAUCGAUACUCAUGUUAGCCUUCACAUUUAGAGUUAGCAACAUGGAAAACUUCAUGUAUGCAUCAAUUAUCGGCUUAGAGGACCUAUACUUUUUAUGAAUCCAAAUGGAGCUCUCAUCAGAUACUGGCUGGAGCCAAAUUUGGGGCAGAAAUUUUCUCCAAGAUGGAGAAAUAUGCCUCUUUUCCUUUAUGCUCCAAUUGUGUUAGUACUUCUAUCUAAGCGAUUUUUUAUUUUCUUUUAAAAAGAAGUCUGGAAAUGGCAUGAGUAGAAGAUGUAAGAUGAUCCGUGGCUGCCUGUAGCUAUCAUUUUAAAUGCCUUUAGGUCUGGAGAGUACAUUUAAUAGGAAAAAGAAUUGCUCAAUGCAUGAAACUUCUUCCAAUGUGAGGUUUAGGAAGGGUUAAAUUUAUUCAGGCUUAUUCCUAUUACUUGCAAUACAUAUGAUUAAUGCUAAUGCUUGUUUCUUUAGUUCUACAAGCACUUACUAUUUUUUUCGGUCAUCUUACAAAAACAAGUCAUGCAAUUGUUAGUGGAAAAUGGAGUUUUAAUAUGUAUAUGUUAAGUUGUAAGUUUAGUUCUGUUUGAGUUUGAUAUUUUAUAUAACUAAUAGGUCUCAACCGGAAGGUAUGAAAGGAAAGGGUUCCUUCCUUAGGGAUGUAUGGUAAUGCAUAAUAAUUUUAUACUAAAAUUUGACAAUUUUUACAAUAAACCGAAGAACAUGCUUCUUGCACUCAAAGUAUGGUUAUUAUUUUUUAUGCAACUUUCUGUCAAAUUUAUUAAGUUGUUUCUUUGUAAACUAAUAGCUUUUUCCUUUAUCACUGACGAUGCACUGUGUUUCUUGCAUGAUCAUCUUCCCAGAAUAGAUUAUUUAUUGCUGUGAAAUUUUGCCCUGUGUCUUAGUGUAGUAUCCAAUGCAACAUGAGUGACUCUAUAAUUCGUCUGGCCGCUAUAAUUCUUCCUUGGGUAUGUUUCUUAGUCUGUCUUAUUAUGUGCUCAUAAUCCUGCCUAUUUGUUGCAGAAGUCAAGACACAAGUCACAUUAUAUUUAUAAUUCAAAUGAGUCAAGUGACAGAUUUUAGUUCAGUAAUUCCUGAAGUAGUAAAGCCUAAAAGAGCAGAAAGGACAACUGCAACAGUGGAAACAGAUAGCAUUACUACACCAUAUCCUUUAAAUACUGAUGGGAAGAUUCUUUCUCGCUACUUAAGACCUUCUACAGGUUCUUGCCAUGAUUUCUGUAAAUAUGGACUUAAGCAUGAAUAUGAAGAAAAGAAAAGGCAUCACUUUUUCCUUGGGGCUUCAACCAAUAGCCAGAUGCCUGAUGGCGAACACAAUCAAUCACAUUUCAUGACUGUAAAUCAGAGAAAGCACAAAUCAGAGCUCAAGCCAAGGACAACUAACACAAAAGAUGAACUCACUGAUAAGACUAGACUCAGUGAGCAGAUGGAUCUUCCACCUGAGAAGAUAAUUCAGACUUCCAGUUCCCUUACCAGUCUAGCAGCAGGAUUUGUUCACGAAUCCUCAAGCUUGAAGCAUAUUUCUACAGUACAUGACCGAGAAAAUAAUGCAUCUUUUGAGCAUUCAGCUGCAAAUCAAAAUGAAAAAUUAUCAGAGGAAUUUAUGGAUGUUGCAUCUGAUGAGCAUGAAUCCAGAAGAUUAUCCUGUGAAUCUGUAAUCACGAAACUCGAUAGAACAACCUUGCAGAACGGUGUUGCUGUUGAAGAGUGUAUACCCAUAACUAAGGUAGAAGGUUCAUCCGAGGAACCUGUAAGUAUGAAGUUUAUGAUUUCGUCAACAAUUCAGGACAACUUUGCUUCUUCUGAGCAUAAAGCAGAAAAAGCAACAGAAGGAUCAUCGUUGGAGCAGAUUAGCAUGGAGUUGAGGAUUGCAUCUCCCAUCAUAGAUGAUAUUGCAUUUGCUGAGUAUCAAAUGGCCAAUGGAGUAGAUGAAUCAUCUAAUAAAUCAAUGAACAUUGGGGUGAAGGCUCUUCCUGGAUCAUCUGAGGGACCAUCAAGUCUGAAAUUGCUGAAUCAUAAGAGCAAGGCAUCUGCUAAGUGCAGACCUGCCUAUCGAGCAGAAGCAUUACCUAAGGAAGCUUUGAGCAUGAAGCUAAAGACUCCACCAUCUCAAAAAAGCUCCACAUCUACCAUGAACACACCAAUUGAUCAAGCAGGAUUCGCCAAGAAACAGAUUCAGGUGAGGAGUUCAAGAAUAGGUGACAAAACAAAGAGAGAGUUGAACAUGCUGAAGAGAAAUGAGGAAACUGGAGGCUCUAAUGGACAUAAAGUCAUAAAGGAGGAACAAUGUGAUAUAUCCGUUGGACCAAAAUGUGUCAAGAAGAAUUUUGCAGCAAGGAAAACAAUGAAAUCAAUCAGGUUGGAGUCUGAGCAAGAGCAUCCAUCAUGUUUCAAGAGCAACAUUUUAUCUGCCACACCCAGAGUAGUGAAGAAGGCAACCUUACCCCCUUCCAAGAGUCUGGUUGAUAGAUCAUUUGUAGGUGGGACAUCUUUAAAGUUGAAGGUCUUGGUAAAAUCUUCACCUGCAUCCAUUUCUUCAACAGGACUAUUUGAUCCAAGGUACCGGGAGAAGAUAAUCAAGGUUGGAGACAACAAGUCUAAUGGGGGCAAAGAAAAAGCAUUUGAAUCACUGUCAACCCUUCCAUCCACCAAGUCUCUGCUUUCUAGGGUAUCAAGCAUGAAGCUGAGAAAAUACAGGAAAGUAAUCCCUUCUUUCACCACGAAUUAUCAAGCAAAAGCUGGAAAUUUUGGUCUCAAGGAUAAAACUAUCCGUGCAUUUGAGCCUAAUUUGGAGAAAAUUGACCUGAAAGCCUUGAGACAAAAACUCCGAAAACACAGAUCACAUCCAGACAGGAAUGAAGAGCUCAAGGAAUCUGGAUCUCAGUUGGGCGGAUCUAGUGAAACUGUUUUGCACAGAGAGGCAUCUCAGAGAACCUACAGAGAUGUUUGUGAAAGUGAAAUAAAAAGUGCUCCUGAAAGGAAUACUGGUGUUAACUCAGAAUAUAAAAUUGGCACAUCUCGUAAGUCAAACUUCAGCAGAAGUAAGAUGGUUAACCUUCAGCCUGAAAACAAUAAUAAUCCUCCGAGGAGACUCAGAUUCAGGCAGGUUCAGACUGUAGGUGACAAUCGGAAGGCUAAAGAAAUAGCGACAGAGAGCUUUAGAAACAGGAUGGAAUCAGAUGGCGUAGGACCAAGUGCUUCUCUCUCGGAUGCUAUUAAUGUUGUCUUGAGACAUCAAGAUGUCAAUGAUAAGAAAGACACCCAAGGUUUGUUCAAUAAUGUGAUCGAGGAAACUGCAAGCAAGCUUGUUGAGUCUAGGAAGAGCAAAGUUAAGGCCUUAGUUGGUGCUUUCGAAACCAUUAUCUCUCUUCAAGAAAGCAAAGUAGCUCCACUAGUUGCAGUUCCCUGAUUACUUUCUGAUACUUGGUCAAAAAGUGUUCAUGAUGCUAUCACCCUCCAUUCUUUCCUUUCCAAUUUAGUUAAAUGGCUUUGUUUUGAGGAUCCUGGUGAAGUUUAUGUACAGGUGUAGUAUGGAGAUGGAAAAAAACUUUAGAUAGAUGGAUUUGGCUUGCAAGGCUUACAGAUUUUGCAUGAGGAAGAUGUGUCAGUGGCACAGAUUGUGUUGGGCACAUAUUUGAUUGCUGUUUGUGUUUAUCUUAAUAUGUUUUGAUGAUCCCAAAAACUCUCAGAGAUGUGAAACAAAUAAAUUGCU